AUGGAGUCGGACUCGCCGUAUAUCAAUGGCACGAAUAAACUGGUGGCGGCGUCAUCGCUGGACUUUCUUUUGAUAGAAAUAGUUCCAUUAGCACAGAGCAUAGUGCAACAGCUGAUAGAGGAUGCUGGAGCGAGACCGGGCCGACCAGGGUCAUCGUCUUCUGCCAACGGUGGUGGAGCUGGUGGAGCUGGGGGUUCAAAUGUCAGUGGUGGUAUCAGUGGAACGAGUAGUUCGCCAGCAAAUUCAUCAAUGACAGCAGAUGAGAACCUGGACGAUGUGUACUACCGAAUUGAAGGAUAUGGCCACCGAGUGGGACUGGGGCUGUCCCAGAUAUUCACGAAAGACCGGCCGUGGUUCACGGACCAGCUGGAUAUCAUGAAAUUUGUAUGUAAAGAGCUAUGGGUGAUUCUCUACAAAAAACAAAUCGAUAAUCUCAAAACCAACCACCGCGGAACUUACGUUCUCACCGACACCCAGUUCAAAUACUGUUCUCGCAUGGGCACCGCCUACGGUCCUAAAGAAACGCUCCGACGAGCCACUCCGUACCUGUGGUUCCCAGCCGGCGUCAUCCGAGGAGCUCUGUCAGCGCUCGGCAUCGAUGCUGCCGUCACUUUCGAUGCAGAUCAGCUGCCCAAAGUCACAUUCAACAUCCAAACCUCGCCGACAUGA